AUGACUCUCUCCGACCUCGACCUCGUGUCGCAAGCUAUGGCGAGCAGCGAGCCUGCCAAUGCACGCGGCUCCGUUCACGCCAACGGGACGACCUCGACUACGAACGGGAGCGCCAACACCCCGUCCACAAACUCUGCCAACCUCAAUCCGCCCACCCACCUAGACACCAUCGGCGACAUCGACCUCUCGUCCCUCUCGGUCGAGGAACGCGCCAUCCUCUUGCCCAUUAUCGAUGCUCUUCGCGCCUCGGACGAUACCCUCGACAGCCUCGAUGUCGAGGACAUUAUGAAGCAGCUCGAUGCGGCGGGUUCCGUCGCGGAUACCAUUGAGGAUCGGCUUGACUCGCUCCUCGCGCAUCUUGGCGAGCUUGAGGCGCAGGCGAGCCCGGGCGAGGAGAAGGCGUAG